AUGCCACCAAAAGUUUAUGGUGGAAGAGUAUAUGUAUUAAAUAAUGGGUUUCACCAACUCAUAAUACUCAAUGUACUCUCGUUAUUUAUUACUAUUAUUCAAGAUCAUUCAUUAGUCACUCAAUAA